UAAAAGUUUGCUACCGUAAGGAAGAGGUAAAGUUAAGUUUGAUUGAUUGUGCGAUGAAGAACGAUUACAAAAAGAACACCCACGUUUCGGAAAGCAGAAAGAUCCGUAAACCACUGAUGGAGAAGAAACGUCGCGCCAGGAUCAACGACAGUUUGGAAACGCUGAAACAAAUUCUGCUCGAUUCGAAGACAACGCUUAAGGAAUCGACGCCAAAACGAAACGGUCAAAGAACGACGAAACUCGAAAAGGCCGACAUCCUGGAAAUGACAGUCCGUUAUCUGCAGCAUUUACACAACAAAUUAGGACAAAUUCAGGGAACGCGUCCCGUCAAAACGAACGAAAUCCUUAUACGUCCUGCCGAUAGUUCGUCCGAUAGUGGACUGAAAGUCGGAGUAACUUUAAUCCCGACGAGAUUGGAGAAUGGGGAUUUGGCAUUUGUCGUGCCUUCUAGUUUGCAAAAUGUAGCUCCCGAAAGUGAAGGACAAUUUCAAGAUGAUUAUAGUGAGAAUAACGGUGAUGGAGUUUGGCGCCCUUGGUAGUAUAGUAUUUUA